CUCAGGAUGUUGCUCAUAUGUGCGUGGUUGACAGUUUCAUGGCUGCAUCGGGACUUUUGGGGUAUCAGAACAAAAGUACAGGCGACCCCUAGCACUUACAACCUCACUGGUUCCUGGAGAACCAUCGUAAGUCAAACCGUGGUAAGUCAAAGCCUAACUUCCCAAUGUUAUUAAUGACGGUUCUGUUCCUGGAAACCCAUUUCAUACCCGAAAAAUACCAGACUUGACUACAGAAAUGGAGGAAAACUAAACUAAAUCGUUCAAAUCGUGCACAAAAAAAUCACAAAAAAGUGAAGGCCGAGAUGUGCAGAGAUUCUGCGUGUCUGACUGACGUACAUUUCCUGUUUUGGAAGGACGCAUGGAGUCUGCGUCAUGAGCUGUCGUAAAUGCGAGCUGUCGACGUCAAUUGGAGGGGAUUACGAGCUAUCUUGUGUGAAAAAAAUGGUUGGAAAUGUGGGGGGUUGUGAGUUGGGCAGCUGUAAGUCGGGGAUCGCCUGUAAGUUGUGUGGUUGUAAGUUGGGGGUUGCCUCUAAGUCAGAUGGUGGUAAGUCGGGGGUCAUCUGAAAGUCGGGAGCUGAUAAGUCGGGGGUUGCCUGUGAGUUGGGUGGUUGUAAGUUGGAGGUCGGCUGUAAGCCAGUUAGUGGUAAGUAGGGAGUCACCUAUGAGUCAGGCGGUUGUAAGUCAGGGUCACCUGUGAGUCGGGCGGUGGUAAAUCAGAGGUCACCUGUGAGUCGGGCACUUGUAAGUUAGGGAUCACCUGUGAGUCAGGCAGUUGUAAGUCGAGUGUCGCCUGUGAAUCGGGUGGCGGUAAGUUGAGGGUCACCUGUGAGUUGGGGGGUGAUAAAUCAGGGGUCGCCUGUAAGUCAGGCAGUUGUAAGUCGGGGGUCGCCUGUACCAGUACGAGGCCACUAGGCCUGUGUUCUUGACGUGGUCUCCUGUAUCCAGCUUCUCCGGUGUUGUUCUGCAAAACAUUUCCUGACUCUCCCCGCUUUCUUUCUUAACCCAGCUUUGCCUGCGGGCUUUGUCACACCAGACUUGAGACCGGCCAGAAAUCCGCACUUUGGACAAAGCCAACAGCCCCACGUAUUGCGUAGGCAGGGGGGUGCAGUCUCCCCCCCCACACAUGGGAAAGAGGCGGGGAAAGGCAAGCCGAGCGGAGCGGGAGAGGAAUCCUUUUUUGGAGAGAAAGGGAAGGAAAUUGCUUCACCGUGGCUGCAGGCCAGACGUGGACUUGGCAGAGCAGGGGGCGAGCGAAGAGAAGCGGGCAGCCUCUGGGGGGCAGAGGCAGGCGAUGAGGGGUUAACCUGAGAAGGGGGCACUGAAAGGGGGCCCCGCCACGGAGGAGGAAAUCCAGCAGCCUCGGGAGUUUUGUUUUGAAGCCCUGGACGCACCCAGUCCCGGGCAGCCGGCCAACGAGCAGUUUCGUUUUCUGAGGAAGUGACGGGUCCGGGGAGCAGGACGGGAGAGAAGGCGGACGGGGCCCGGGGAUCCCUUCGCCCUCGUUGGGGGGCAGAACACAGCCCAGAAUCCAGAGCAGGGGGGCUCGGAGAAAGCCACCCCCCGGAUCUGAGCACAGCCGGGUGACCCAGCAUGGAGCCAACCCGCCCGGGGAAAUCUGCAGCUACAAUCUUUGUGAAAACCCUCACGGGCGAGACUCUGUCGGUGGACGUGUAUUUGGACGAGACCGUGCUGGAUCUGAAGAGGAAGAUCGAGGACCGAGAAGGAGUUCCAGUCGACCAGAUGCGUCUGACAGCCUCAAAUCCAAGCAGACAGCUGAACAAUGACUGGACCCUGCGGCGCUCGGGGCUGACCGAUGGCUGCGUCGUCCAUUUGAUUCUAAAAUUGCGUGGUGGACACAUGCCGACAACCCCCCUUCUUCCAGUCUUGGACUUUCCUACGGUAACGGCACCAGGCAAGGAAAAAAGCCAGCUACUCCACCCGGCAUCUCCAGACACGGAAGAACCCGAGGAACCGCCACGAGCGAGAAAAACGGUGGCUUCUUUUAGCUCCUCUGCUUUGUCGAAGGAAAAAUGCAAGAGAUGCGUCGGAGAGACUCUUCCAGAGGUAACGCCGCAGAUUGUCCUAGACCCGGAGAGGAACAAGACCAUCUACAGGUAAGGCGCUCCAGGAUGUGAUGUGAGAAUGGCAUUUCUCAAAGGUGACCACCAGGAGCUUUUCGUGUAGGUGAUGGGGGGCGGGGGAUAACUCUCACCUACCCUCCCUGUUGCUCCUGACCUGCACCGCCUCUGGAGACAGGUGGAACAUGAUGCUAGAGGACCAAGGUGAGUUCUUGAGUCACCUUGAAGUGGUGAACCAGCAGGGCUUGGACUUCCGCCCUGGGAGGGGUUGGGGAGCUAACUCUUGCAGGAAACUUUGGGGACCCAUCCAUCCGGCCUUGGGCUCUGGUUCUGGACACAGACCCCCAUCUUCCCUCAUGUGAUGGUGGGCCCAUACCCUCCCCAUCUCCCGUCCUUCUCCCAUUCCGGGGCAAAGUCCAUACUGAGGGGGUUGCCGAUAUCCAUGAUAUAAACACCCGUGCGCAUCUCGCUUUUCACAGCCAGCGGAGAGCCCGUGAAAAGACAUCCUCCUAGAUCUGUGAACCUCACUUUGCCCAGAUUCCCAGCGAGCUGGUAAAAAAGGGGUGUCAACGACCCAUUUCCCUAGGAGGGUGGGGAAGCUCUAGAAUGGGUUCCCUAGGGAAGUGGUGGAAUCUCCGUCCAUAGAUGGUCUGGCUUGACGAAGGUCUAGCUAAGUGGACUGAGUUGGGAUUGGUCCUACUUUGGACUUGAUGAGCUUCUGAGGUCCCUUCCCACCCUAAGCUUCUACGAGUCUACUUGCAACAGCCUGCUUUUUCGGAGGCGGCGCAAAGAAAGACCCAUAGAAAUCCAUUCCUGUGAUGCGUUUUGCCUCCAGAGAUUCGGCCGUGUCCAGUAUUUUUGGUGAAACUACCUGGCAACCCUAAGAAAAGCGGCCUUUUGUUCCUUUGCAACCUGCUGGUUGAUCUAGUCUCUUUCGGAAAUCCUGGCCUUCACAUCAUCCUCCGGCGAGGAGUUCCACAGGUUGACUGUGGCUGCAUGAAGAAAAGCGUCCUUUUCUUCCUUUGAAACUUGCUAGUGUAUCUAGUUCCUUAUGGUACCCUGUUUUGAAGUCCUGGCCUUCACAUCAUCCUCUGGCGAGGAGUUCCACAGGUUGACUGUGGCUGCAUGAAGAAAAGCGUCCUUUUCUUCCUUUGAAACUUGCUAGUGUAUCUAGUUCCUUAUGGAAUCCUGUUUUGAAGUCCUGGCCUUCACAUCAUCCUCUGGCAAGGAGUUCCACAGGUUGACUGUGUGCGGCAGGAAGCAAAACGGCCUUUGGUUUGUUUGAAACCUGCUGCCUGUUCAUUUCAUUGGGUGACCCCGAGAAUCUGGAGGAUUCUGGACUCCCAACUACAGAAAGGAGGUGGACGCAUUGGAGAGGGUCCAGCGGAGGGCGAGCUAAAUGAUUCGGGGGCUGGAGCACAUGACC